CCCAAGUCGACGGGUUUUUUCUCUUCCUGCGACAUGCGACAUUCUCCUAACACGCUCACAAAUAUUUCGAUCCUUUGUCAGUCCUGUGGAUACUGAGCGUCCUGACUAUGGAGAGCAUGCGCGUAUUCCAGCGCAAUGUUGCUCUGCGACAGCUCUGCGCUCAGUCGCGUUUGCCUGCAUCACGCCGCGCCAUCCAUCAGACUCGAGCUCCCCUGCAGCAAUCCUUCCGCACCAGACCGACCCUGUUACCCCAACGAGCUCUUUUGAGACGAUCGAUACACACUCAGCGACCCACGGACACCCCCUCUUUCUCAUCGCUGCAAUCAUGGCGGACGACGCUGAGAGGCCAGCCGUCGCGGCGGCACAAUGUUUUUGGCCGCCGCUACAACUCGAACACCAGUUCCAGCACCACGAGUGAGAAACCCUCCCUCAAGCAGCGUCUGAAGACGAUGUCCCGCGAGUACGGCUGGACGGCGGUAGGCGUCUACCUGGCGCUCUCGGCGCUCGACUUCCCCUUCUGCUUCCUGGCGGUGCGCAUGAUGGGGACCGAGACGAUCGGGCACUACGAGCACGUCGUGGUCGAGACCUUCAAGUCGAUUGUCAAGUGGCCGAUCCAGGGCUCGACCCAGGCCCAGAUGGCCGCCGACGGAGCAAUCGACGAGGCUUCUGCGGAAGCCGGCGUGAGGGAGCUCGAGCAGCGAGCCGCGCAGGAAGGCGGACGCGUUUUGGAAGAGCCGACAAACGAUCAUGGGUACAAAGCGGCGGAGAAGGCGAACCAGGGUGACAAUGCCAGUUUAUGGACUCAACUUGCCCUCGCGUAUGCGGUGCACAAAUCCUUUAUUUUCAUUCGCGUCCCUCUCACUGCUGCAAUCCUGCCCAAAGUUGUCAAGACGUUGAGAUCAUGGGGUUGGAAUAUUGGAAAGAUGCCUCAUCGGAAAGCUGUUGGCGCAGGUACGGGCAUAAAUACCAAGGGGUCAAAGGUCAAACCGGGCGACUGAGAAACCAAACAUAUCUGCGUCUUCUUUUGGAGGAGAUUCAGCCCUCACUCAUCUCAUUUUCCUGCUCGACGGUAGCUUUGCCAUCGUCGUCAUGAGAGCAGGUACAAGCUAAUGUACAAAACCCACUUUUUUUCAAUUCUACCUCUUGCCUCCUGUCUGUUGUCUUUCAACUAGUCAAACCUCUGUCCCU